AUGAUCAAUGAUGCAGUUUGUGGCUGGAAUAGAGAUAAUCCUCUAUGGUUUCGGGCCAUAAACUUCAGACGUGGAUGGGUGCCACUCAUCUGCUUCGGUUUAUUUUUUCCAGCAAGACUAAUUUUUGGAGUUCCAUGUCUGAUUGCAUUGGUGAUCUAUAAAUGGCGAAGAAGACAUUUGUCGAGUUAUAGCAUCAUAGAAGAUUUUCUACAAAGUGAUAGCAACUUCUUGCCAAUAAGGUACUCUUACUCAGAAAUUAAAAAGAUGACUGGUAAAUUUAAGGACAAGUUAGGCGAAGGCGGCUAUGGCUCUGUAUUCAAAGGAAAGUUGCGCAGUGGCCGUUUUGUAGCAAUUAAACUCUUGGGCAAGCCCAAAGGUGAUGGGCAAGACUUCACAAGUGAGGUAGCUACCAUUGGAAGGAUUCACCAUGUUAAUGUGGUGCAACUUGUUGGUUAUUGUGUUGAGGGAUUAAAUCGUGCUCUAGUAUAUGACUUCAUGCCAAAUAGCUCUCUUGAUAAAUUUAUUUAUUCCAAAGAGGAAAGCAUUCCCUUAAGUUGCAAGAAAAUGUACGAGAUUUCUCUCGGAGUGGCUCGAGGGAUUGAAUAUCUGCAUCAAGGUUGUGACAUGCAAAUUCUACAUUUUGAUAUCAAGCCUCAUAACAUUCUUCUUGAUGAGAACUUUAACCCAAAGAUUUCUGACUUCGGGCUUGCGAAAUUAUAUUCCGUAGAUAAUAGCAUUGUCACUUUGACAGCAGCAAGGGGAACAUUGGGCUAUAUUGCUCCUGAGUUGUUCUACAAAAAUAUUGGAGGUGUUUCGUACAAAGCUGAUGUCUAUAGUUUCGGAAUGUUGCUCAUGCAAAUGGCAAGCCGAAGGAAGAAUUUCAGUUCAAUGGUAGAGCAUUCAAGCCAAACUUACUUCCCGUUAUGGGUGUACGACCAAUAUAACAAGGGAAAUGACUUGGAGAUGGCAGAUUUUAAUGAGGAGGAAAAGAAAAUCAUAAAAAAGAUGGUUAUAACUGCAUUGUGGUGUAUUCAAAUGAAGCCAAGUGAUCGGCCUUCCAUGAACAAAGUCAUAGAAAUGCUCGGAGGAGAUGUUGAAUGCCUAAAAAUGCCUAUCAGACCUUUUCUGUAUCCACAGGAGAUGCAUGUAGGUGAUGUUCAAGAAAGUUUGAACUCAAUAGGUUCAAACGGGGAGUUAACAUGGACUUUGUCAGCUAGGUGAUCAUCAAAUUGUUAGAAAAUGCAGUCAUUUAUUUUUUAUUUUUUAUUUUGAGGACCUUUCCUAUUGAGAGGGGCGAUAAUAUACUAAACUCACACACACACACUACACUGAUGCUAGAACUCGAACCCAGGAAGGGCCUAGGGGAGCAAUUGUUCCAAACCACUACACUAGUGGGUCCUUUGCAUGGAAUCAUUUAUUGUUAAACUCUAGCUUCCUACUAUU